GCUAUAAAGCCGCCUCGCAACGGUUUGCGGCUCCUUCCCAGCGCCCGGACAAGCUCUGCCAGCGGUGACUGCCCAUCCUCGGCCGCCAUGAGCCACCCGUCGGGCCUCCGGUCCAGCGUCAGUUCCACCUACUACCGCCGCACCUUCGGGCCACCGCCCUCGCUGUCCCCGGGGGCCUUCUCCUACUCUGGCAGCUCCCGCUUCUCGAGCAGCCGCCUGCUGGGCUCGGCGUCCCCCGGCUCCUCCGUGCGCCUGGGCAGCUUCCGCAGUCCCCGGGCGGCCGCGAGCGCCCUCCUGCGCCUGCCCUCGGAGCGCCUCGACUUCUCCAUGGCCGAGGCCCUCAACCAGGAGUUCCUGGCCACGCGCAGCAACGAAAAGCAGGAGCUGCAAGAGCUCAACGACCGCUUCGCCAACUUCAUCGAGAAGGUGCGCUUCCUGGAGCAGCAGAACGCGGCCUUGCGCGGGGAGCUGAGCCAAGCCCGGGGCCAGGAGCCGGCGCGCGCCGACCAGCUGUGCCAGCAGGAGCUGCGCGAGCUGCGGAGGGAGCUAGAGCUGCUGGGCCGCGAGCGCGACCGGGUGCAGGUGGAGCGCGACGGGCUGGCAGAGGACCUGGCGGCGCUUAAGCAGAGGCUGGAGGAGGAGACUCGCAAGCGCGAGGAUGCGGAGCACAGCCUCGUGCUUUUCCGUAAGGACGUGGACGACGCCACCCUGUCCCGCCUGGAGCUAGAGCGCAAGAUUGAGUCUCUGAUGGAUGAGAUUGAGUUCCUCAAGAAGCUGCACGAGGAGGAGCUGAGAGACCUGCAGAUGAGCGUGGAGAGCCAGCAGGUGCAGCAGGUCGAGAUGGAGGCGACCGUGAAGCCCGAGCUGACGGCGGCGCUGAGGGACAUCCGUGCCCAGUACGAGAGCAUCGCGGCGAAGAACCUGCAGGAAGCAGAAGAGUGGUACAAGUCCAAGUACGCGGACCUGUCCGACGCCGCCAACCGGAACCACGAGGCCCUGCGCCAGGCCAAGCAGGAGAUGAACGAGUCGCGACGCCAGAUCCAGAGCCUGACGUGCGAGGUGGACGGACUUCGCGGCACGAACGAGGCGCUGCUCAGACAGCUGCGGGAGCUGGAGGAACAGUUUGCCCUGGAAGCCGGCGGGUACCAGGCGGGCACCGCACGGCUCGAGGAGGAGCUGCGGCAGCUAAAGGAGGAGAUGGCGCGACACCUGCGAGAGUACCAGGAGCUCCUCAACGUCAAGAUGGCCCUGGACAUCGAGAUAGCCACCUACCGGAAGCUACUUGAGGGCGAGGAGAGCCGGAUCUCCGUGCCAGUCCAUUCCUUUGCAUCCUUAAGUAUAAAGACGACUGUGCCUGAGGUGGAGCCUCCCCAGGAGAGCCAGAGCCGGAAGUUGGUUCUGAUCAAGACCAUUGAGACCCGGGAUGGGGAGGUGGUGACAGAGUCUCACAAGGAGCAGCGUAGUGAGCUGGACAAGUCUUCUACUCACAGCUACUGAACUUGCUGGUCCAGAGCUCCCUGGCCCUGCCCUAGGCCUCGAAGCCCCAAUCCUAACACCAGUCCCGAAUUAGCCUCCUCCCCCUCUGCAUGUGUCCACCAGAUGGCUCCAGUCACCCCUUCCCUGGCCGUGGCCAAACCCUACCCAGCACCACAGCUGGGCCUCUCCCUGCCCACAGAGACAUGAUCCAUAUGUUUCUCAUUUCUUAUCCUGGUAAGAGUCUAUAUGUUCCCCCAUUUCUUGUCCUGGUAAGAAUCUAUACGUCCCCCCAUUUCUUGUCCUG